UUCUAUUGAGUUUUCGUGGUGUGAGCAUCAUUUAAUAUGUUUUUAAGCUUUGUUAACUUCAGGUUUUCAGGAGACAUGGCUAGUCUGAAGUGCACUCUGGGUCUUCUGGCUUUAAUGGUGGUUUCCAUCAGGGCUGAUGAGAAGAAGGCUAAAUCUGUCUCUGGAAGGAUUGAGGAAGCCAACAUGAACAUUGUCAGAGCUUCUGAUGGGUUCUUUGUGGAGGAUGACAUGGCUUAUGACUCUGACAGUGAGAGGAAUGCCGACCCCUGCACCUCCUACAACUGCAAGUGGGACCAGGCCAGUAAUGGCAUGGUCUACGUGCCCUACAUCAUUGCAGGCGACUACACCUCUAGAGAGCGGGCCAUCAUUGAACGCGGCCUACAGUCCUUCCACAGUGUCUCCUGCAUCCGAUUCAUCCAUCGAACCAGUGAAAGAGAUUACAUCCACAUCCAGUCUCUGGACGGGUGCUUCUCCUAUGUGGGUCGGCGUUUUAAUGAACAGGCCCUGUCUCUGAAGCGACAGGGCUGCCUGUACCAUGACGUGGUGCAGCAUGAGUUGCUGCAUGCUCUGGGCUUUAAACACGAGCAGUGCCGCUCUGAUCGAGACCAGCACAUCCGCAUCCUGUGGGAGAACGUGAUACCUGGUUGGGAGUACGCCUUCGACAAGAUCAAAACUCUGAACCAAGGAACCCCCUACGACUACAAUUCUGUCAUGCAGUACAGCAAGUAA